AUGAAAUCAUCCAUACGGCAUCACCAACACGUCAUAUUCGCAAACAUCAACCUCACCACAUCAAACACAACAAGACGACAUGCCAGACACGCUACCACAGUAUCUCCCGAUCCAAAGUAUCCACCACCGCCCAUACCAUCACUCCCUGAACAACCAAACAUCAAUAUUCCUGAGUAUCAAAUACGCAGUCAGGCUGUCCAGCAUCAGACAGUCACUACCCAACCGGCUCCCACCAUACAACUGUCAAAUGAACAGCGCACCCUUGUCGAUAUCAUGCACCAGGGGAAGAAUGUAUAUUUUACUGGACGUGCUGGCACUGGUAAAUCACAUGUAUUAAAAGCAUUCAUUCAAGAGGCUAGAGAUAGGAAUCGUAAAGUCGCAGUCACGGCUCCUAGUGGUAUAGCUGCUGUACAUAUUGGAGGCCAAACCCUACACUCGUACUUUUCCCUCUGGCCAAACUGGAUUCGCGAACCGGAAAAACUACGCCUCUUCAUCCAGCAAUCAAACUGGCGAAUGGCCAAAUACGACUCGGAUGUAAUCAUCCUAGACGAAGCUUCCAUGAUCUGUCCACACGUAUUCAACGCUCUGCACUACCUCAUGCUGCAUCUACGAUCUCCAUCUAAACGAGAUCCAUCACGGCCAUUCGCAGGUGCUCAAAUCAUAUUGUGUGGUGAUUUCUACCAGUUGCCCCCUAUAGAUAAUACUGUUAGAGGUGGAGUUUGGGUGUCGGCUAUAGAGAGGAUGAUGAGAUUGGCUAAUGAGGAUACGCCAUACUUGUUUGAUUCUAAUGCGUGGCAGCAUUUGAUGCUGAAUCAGAUGCAUGUGUCGGAGCUAAACGAGGUGUAUCGACAGACGGAUCCGUAUUUUGUAUCGCUGUUGGAUGAAAUGAGGGUGGGGAGUCUGUCGCAAAAGUCUUGGGAUUUGUUGGAUGCGUGUAGGAAGGCGCUUCCCAAUGAUGGUGUCUUGCCAACUCGACUAUUCGCAUUCCGUAAACCAGCCCUAAAGGAAAACUUUCGAAACCUCUCUGCUCUCCCAGGUCCCGAAAUAUGUUUUGACUGUAUAGACCACCUGCCAAUCCGCCGUGAAGCAGCCCCACUACCAAUAGACACUGCCAAAUCCCUCUCAUCAUCUCGCCACUGGGAAAACUUCCAGGCAGACCGCAUCCUCCCUCUCCGCAAAGGCGCCCAAGUAAUCCUCUUAAAAAACAUGUCUGUCGCCGAUGGUCUCGUCAACGGCGCCCGUGGCGUCAUAACCGACUUCCAGAAACACCUAGACCCGAAAUACCACCCAACAAACCCAAUACAUAUCCCCGUAGUCCGCUUCACGAAUGGCAAGACAUUCGCUGUCCCAUAUGAUGAUUUCGAAAUGGAGAUUGAUGAUGGCGUUGUAUUGACACGGACGCAAAUACCAUUGAAAUUGGGAUGGGCGUUGACGAUACACAAGAGUCAGGGUAUGACGCUUGAUAGAGCGGAAUUGUCGAUGCCGGUGGCAUUUGCGUGUGGACAGGCUUAUGUUGCGCUGUCGAGGGUCAAGAGUCUUAAUGGGUUGUUUUUGAGGGAGUUUAGUCAGAGAGCGGUUGUGGCUAGUGUCAAGGUGAAGAGGUUUUAUGAGGGGUUGAGGAUAUUGCAGUAA